AGCAAUCCUUGGUGCCGCACUUUAUCCUUGUGUGCCGCAGCUGCGCAACAUGUUUAAGUGGCUGACUGCGGACCGCGACAAGGGCACGCGGGUCUUUUCGUCCGUGGCUGAUGGCCUCCAGUCUUUGUACAAAGAGAAGCUGCUUCCACUUGAGAAGGACUUUAGCUUCGCGCACUUCUUCUCUCCCGAGCUCACGGAUGCAGACUUUUCUGCCCGUCCGAUGGUGAUGCUGACUGGCCAGUACUCAACAGGAAAGAGUACCUUCAUUCGACAUCUUCUAGGGCGAGACUAUCCUGGACUCCGCAUUGGGCCAGAGCCCACCACUGACAAAUUUGUGGCGGUGUGCCAUGGUGACAUGGAUCAGGUGAUUCCUGGCAAUGCGCUCGUGGUUGACAAGUCCAUGCCCUUCACGCAGCUGAGUCACUUUGGCAACAACUUUCUCACACGCUUUGAGUGCGCGAAGUUGAACAGCCCUGUGCUGAACGGCAUGUCCCUCAUUGACACCCCUGGCGUGCUAUCCGGAGAGAAGCAGCGGAUCAAACGUGGAUACGAGUUUGAGGAAGUUGUUCACUGGUUCGCUGAUCGAGUUGACAUGAUCCUGGUUUUGUUCGACGUGUCCAAGCUGGACAUCUCGGAUGAGUUUCGGCGAGUUCUUUUGGCGCUGAAGGGGAAUGAUCAAAAGAUUCAUAUUAUCCUCAACAAGGCGGACAGGGUGACCACCCCUCAGUUAAUGCGCGUCUACGGUGCACUUAUGUGGUCCCUUGGCAAGGUGAUCGACACACCUGAAGUUUCCCGCGUGUACAUUGGCUCGUUCUGGGACGAGCCUUUACAAAAUGAUGAGCAGAGGAAGCUUUUUGAGUCAGAAGAGAACGAUCUCUACACAGCGCUGGCACAAAUGCCACGGAGUGCUGCCACCAGGAAGCUGAACGACCUCAUCAAGCGAGCCCGACUCGCGAGGGUCUUGGCCUUCCUGCUGAAUCACCUGAGGAACAAGAUGCCCUCCUUUAUGGGCAAGAGCAAGGAGCAGAAGAGACUCAUCGACAAUCUACCUAGCGUUUAUGCAGAGAUUGCGAAGGAAAGAAACUUGUCCAUGGGAGACUUCCCUGACCCAAGCCUGAUGAAGGAAAAGCUUGAGAAAAUGGACUUCACAAAGUUUCCAAAGUUGGAAAAAAAGAAGAUGGAUGCUCUGGAGAUGAUGAUCCAUCAAGAGCUACCACAGCUUCUCAAGUUGACAACUGAGGAGGCUGCUGCAGCUGAAGUGGCUUCUAUGGCUCAGCUGGGUGCUGGCCCAUCGCCGUUUGCGGUCAUGAAGGUCGAUGGCGCAAGCGAAUCAACCUUUGGCCAAGACCAGUGGCUCCAAUUUCCCAACGUAGACCAGUAUGUGAAGGAAUUCGAAACUAUUGGUCCCACUGCAGCUGGAAAGAUUACAGGUGCUCAGGCCAAAAACAUUCUGGAGCAGAGCAAGCUGCCAUCCAAAGUGCUCCAUGCAAUAUGGAAUUUGGCCGAUGUGGACAAGGAUGGUGCACUUACGCUCUCUGAGUUUGCUCUUGCCCAGCACCUCAUCAAGAUGAAGCUGGCUGGUCAGGAUCUUCCUGCAAGUCUCCCUCCACAGAUGCUUCCUCCCGAGAACAGGGCCUGAGUUAGGCCGUGAGUGAGCUGUGGUCGCAUCGCUUUAGCGAUGCUUGGCAUCAGAUUGUGAUGCUAGGACAAAGACGAAGGUGUCACUGUGCCAGCUGCGGGGACCGCCGAGUGACCGCCUGCAGCUGGCAGAGUGAGUUUCACAGGCACAAGCCGCAGCUCAGGGACAGCAGCUCUUUGAGCAGAGAAUGGUAGGGUCAAAGCGUGAGGCUUUGCGACCUCCUGAGACAGGUGCAGCGGACAAGCAUGCAGCGUGGGCAAUGUG